AUGCCUCGUCCUCUAUUCAAUCGCAACGGUGGCUGGAAUCCUCUCCAGGACUGGCCGAAGUCAAGCAUUUUAGAUCAGUGCAUGGUCUUGCCUUCACCUACAGAUGGAGAAGAAUGUUUUUCACAUGUCAAAUGUGACAGUAAAACCUGGAGUAUAACUUUAGAUGUCAGCAAUUUUUGUCCAGAGGAAAUUGGUGUAAAAAUCAAUGAUUGCUACUUAGAAAUUGCAGGAGAACACAAGGAAAAACAUAAUGACCAUGGGACCAUUUCCAAGAGAUUUACAAGGAAGUAUAAGCUGCCUGUCGAAGUUGACCUUCAAAAGAUAUGCUCUUCGCUUUCUCCAGAAGGUGUUCUCUUAGUUGAGAUACCUGUUGCUGUUUCUUCCACCAGAUGUCCCACAGAAACUGUUGUGCCAACACACAUGAAAGAAAAACAUUAGGUUUGCCAUGUAUG